CUAAGUCUCUCUGCGUUCCAGCAACUAGCAAUUUCCGCUUUAUGUACAUCCAGUUUGCUUUGUGCUUUUUUAUCGCACAGAAGUAAUCUGCGCUCCAUCUUUGUUUCUCCAAUACUCACUCACUCUCUAAACGUAUUACACCGACCGCUCGCCCGCUCGCCCGUCCGCCUCAAGCCGGGUCCCAUACUCACAAAUUCGUUUCCAUUUCUACUAGUUGUUGCUGUGCUAUACCAUCACCAUUCUUUGGGAUGGCCGCACAGCGCUACCAUGUUAACCAAAAUGGCGGAAAUAGUUUGGACGAUGCCAGAGCAAAGCGUAACGAAAAUUUACGAAAACUUUUUCAAACGAGCAAAAAAGCAACGAGCACAGCAAGGCUACAACGUGGACAGAGCGAAGAAGGAGCUGAGCAAUGCUACUACAACUACAACAAGGCGGCGUCUAAAAACAACGGAGAUUCGAAUUCAGUUAAUUUUUCGUAUGAUGAUGACGCUGUGCACUUUCAAAAGAAUGAAGUUCCUGACAGUAGCGCGCCAGUGUCAGGUUUCGACGAGGUUACGGACAGGUGGACUCAAGGAAGUGGACAAAUUGCUGGUGGCACUGCUGCUGCCAAUACUGAUUACAACAACGCCAAUGCGCCGGUGAGACGCAGUAACAGUCGCAUACGACGUUGGAGUGUGAGGAGCAGCAGCGUGUCAGGGGAAUGGCGCCUGGGAGGAAAUCCCACAAUGGCCAAGCGACAAUUGAGUAAAAGUGUUGUGGACACAAAUCAAUUGGCAGUGUCAAGCAAUCAAUCGCCAUUGAAACAAAGCGUGGAAGACAUGAACAGCCAUUACAAUAACAACAACAGCUACUAUUAUAACAACAACAAUGCUGCGGCAACUGAAAGCAAUGCAAGUCAAAAGAGUAGCGACUACAAGGCGCACUACGAGUUCGGCAGCAACAAUGCCACUGGGGAUUGUCUUAGUCUCGACGAUGCUGACAUUGAAAGGGACGACGCAAAAGCGGUAGGAACUGACACAAAGGCAAACACAGUCUUUGACCUGACCGUUGAUGACGAUGUCACUGCAGAUGUUACAGCACAAGAGGAAGGGCGGUGGAGUGGUGCAUACUUGUAUGAGACAGGAAAUCAAGUCACUGGCCGACAACAUACGCCAUCACCGUACGCAUGGUCAGCAGCUCCUUUGAGUGCACACAGAAAUUGGCAACAGCAACAGCAAGCGCAAUUACACACAGCUGAGUUGACUGAAACGAAGCGAGUCGCAAUGGCUGGGAAUCGAGCGCCCAGCUCUUCCAACCGCAAUAGUACGGUGUUCGCUCCACAUGUCAGCGCGACAGCAAGCGAGUUGGAAAACUGCGCCUCACAGCACCCAACCGUAAAUUGCAUUGCAGUGGUGGGAGACAGCCAUCAUGUACGCAACAAUGAGAUUUCUCGCACACUACGAAUAGGUGGCUUCGAUGAGAAUUAUGAAGCCUCUUCUCUGUGUGCCACACUGCAUCCCAGACAAGACCUGCCGCAAAGCACCAAUGUAAGGACGUCAACAGCAGCUGCACCGCAAAGCUCACCACAAUUGCAACUUCAGUCAAGCGGAGCGGGAGAAGGAAGUCGUACGAGUACGGCCAGCCAUGUUUCGGCGCUCUUCAAAACUCCGCUUGUGAAACGUGCGCGUGGACGUAGCGUAGACCGCUUCGGUACGGGCGCCGCAUAUACCGCAAAUGCCCAGUGGAUAUCUGAACAGGACAUCAGCAGGAAAAUUACUACCGAAUUUGGAAAAGUUAUGACAGCGGCAGUCGCGUCUGCUAAACCACAAGCGAUGGUGUCAAUGGCAGGCGAAAUGAUACAAGGCAACAACAACAGUGCUGCGCCUGACGAAUUGCGGUGUCAGCGGCAACGGCAAAAAGAAAUUAUGAGCAUUACGACGCCACGUCAGCAGUGGGUCGGCGACGGCAGUCGUAAUUACUGCGCUGCUGCUGAGCUGGCACAUCAAAGUUCUAGCACCACUGCACCCUCGUCAAGCUCAAACUUAAGAGCCUACAACACCAACAACAAUCUCACGAAAUACGGGUUCACAUCGACACUAGGAGCAGCGAGAACAACAACAACCAGCGCAGACUGGUCAACCACACAGGCAACGCUAGCGGAGCGCUUAAACAAAUUUCGACAUAAGCAACAGCAACAACAACAGCAACAAGUAGGCGGUCGGUCGAUCGAAGGCGAAUCAUCAACUCCAGUAGACUAUUACAAGCAUUACAGUGACGCAAGCGAUUCCAAUAGACACAACAACAAACAGCAUUACAACAACCGUGAUGCCAGUAGUGCCACUAAACCAACCGUACUCGAGUGCACUGAAUUAAUACCCGCUGCGCACACAUACACUUCAGCAACAGAACAACAGUGUCCAUCAUUGUUUCAAGCGAGAUUCGUUAAUAGCAAGACCAACAACGAUAACGUUGGACAACAUCAUUAUAAGCUAAGUCAACAAAGUGCGGAUGUUGCAACAUUUCAUGCAACUGAGUCAUCUUCCACUCCACUAGAUUGUUACACCAAAUCGGGCAAACGGAGACGUGUAUUAGUGCGCCGACGCAACAACACCAACGAACAAGAAAAUUCUAAAACAACUACCGCAAUCAAGUCACCCAUAGUAACAACAGUUGGCCGUGUAACUGGUGAAGGACAACGGACAGCGGCAACAAUACAAAUUUGGUUUCUUUCAUUUUUCCACAGCAUCGGCUUAGGCGGCUUUGCCGAGCAUGUUGCCGUGCAGUUAGGCGUAUGCCGUAGCAACAAAAGUAGCUUUAGUAACGAAACGUUGCAUACAAGUAGGCGUUCAACGCCAACACCUCACACAAUUCCCGUCGAGAACAUUCCAAAGCGACGCUCAUUCGACGUAAUGGGUCUGCUACGCAGCAUGAAGCUUAAAGACCGCCUCGCCAUUAGUCUGGGUGCAACCCUGAUACUGCUGACGCUGCUAUUGGUGGUCGAUGUGCAGAUGGAUUUCGGCGUUACGAAUCGGCAUUUAUUGCAGCACCAGUCACGUGUGCGUUAUGUAAAUGAAAAUGAUGGCGGCGACACUGGUGGCACUGGUGCCUUCAGAGACUUCAAACGCAAAUUCCUGCAAAAGAGCAAUUCAUCAGGUUCAAAGGAGACUGCCACGCCGACAACCACACAAUCACGCCCUGCAGGCACUGCAGCAGGUGGCAGUUCGGCCGAUGUUGCAGCGGCGGCGGGUGCCGGUACGGGCGGGGUACAGCAGGAUGCAGCAGCGAGAGAGGAUAUGUUGGCGAUCCAGAAGUUGGAACGGGAACCUCAUGAUCCCUUUGAUGAUUUAUUCCGGCUGCUGAUGGGCUUAGACAAGACCGACUAUUCGCACGUGCUAAUCGACGAUGAUGGGUCUGUUAUAACGGAAAAUCCAACAAUCGCGGAAAUGACGGGCUUGAAACCUAGCAAAAAUGCAACAAAUUUGGAACGUUUCCAAUGGCACAUAUCUAAGCGUGAGCUCUACAAGGAAAACGACACAAUUGUGGACGAAGUGAUACAUGAUAUGCUCAAACUGCCGGUGCAACAUGUCGUGCAAAAGGAGGGCGGCACGCAGUUGAAAUUGAUUAUAGAAUUUCCCAGCGACAUCAAAGCGCUGAUGAAGCCAAUGAGAUUUCCACGUGAACAGCAAACUUUGCCGAACCACUUCUAUUUUACGGACUAUGAGCGCCACAAUGCGGAAAUCGCUGCUUUUCAUUUGGAUCGAAUUUUGGGUUUUCGUCGCGCUAUGCCCGUCACCGGUCGCCUGCUAAACAUUACAACGGAAAUUUAUCAAGUCGCCGACGACAAUUUAUUACGGACCUUCUUCGUCUCGCCCUCGUCGAACUUGUGCUUCCACGGCAAGUGCUCCUACUACUGUGACACCGGGCAUGCCGUUUGCGGUAACCCGGAUAUGUUGGAGGGUUCAUUCGCCGCUUUUUUGCCCAGUUUCGAGCAGACAGGUCGAAAGGUUUGGCGGCAUCCUUGGCGUCGUUCGUACCAUAAGCGCAGGAAGGCUCAGUGGGAAACAGAUUCCAAUUACUGCUCCAUUGUUCGCGAAAUACCUCCUUAUGACGAAGGUCGACGCUUACUGGAUCUAAUGGAUAUGGCUAUAUUUGAUUUCCUUACCGGAAAUAUGGACAGACACCAUUAUGAAACCUUCAAAAUAUUUGGCAAUGACACAUUUACAUUGCAUUUGGAUCAUGGACGUGGUUUUGGUAAGCCCUUUCACGAUGAAUUAACAAUUUUGGCGCCAUUACUGCAGUGUUGCAUGAUACGGACGUCGACGUUCAAACGAAUAUUGGACUUUCAUAAUGGACCCAAACCACUGUCGGAGCUGAUGCGCGAGUCCAUGUCCGUCGAUCCGAUUCGUCCGAUUCUAUGGGAGCCACACUUGAAGGCGCUCGAUCGGCGAGUUACCAUCAUACUGAGUGGUAUACGGGACUGUGUGAAGAAGAAUCCACCUGAGGAGGCGCUCGAAUCUGAGGAUCUGCUGUCAUAGCAAUUACAGCAACAGGGGCGAAUAAAGAUACAGGAGGGCAAAUUUAAGUUCCUGAUUCGCCCAAAAGUUCGCCAUACGAAAAUGACAGUUUAGCAUUAGAACUUAGGAUACUUAAUGUUGUAGUAAAGUAAGAGCAAAGUCGAAUUGUGCUACAAUGUGCGGGGAGCCGACAUUUGUCAGGAUGUGUGACUAUACGACUUUUUUUUUUGUUAGUGGUUGACUAGUUGAAUUUACAUAUACUUGUAUAACAAAGCAUUAAAACUAAAAGAAACUUCUCGGUACAACGCUAAACACGAGUGGGGAUGUGUUACGUGCUCAAGGCUGGGCAGAACUUCGUUGAGGCGGCAGAGCCUUUGAAAAAGGCACAACUCGCCCAACAACCAACCUUUGCCAAACACGAAUUAAUUGAAGCCAAAUGAUUUGUAGGCUUAAAGUGAUAACAGACAUAAUUUAAAAGUAUAAAAGUAAAAAAGUUAUUAACAAAUUCAAAAUGUAUAAACUAAAUAAAUAAGUUCGUAGCUAAAGCAAAAUUACAAAAUUAUGUGCGGGAUAUAUGCAGUAGAUACUACGAAAUUUUGCGCUGGUUAAAUUUUUAAGAGAAUUUUUGCGCAAAUUGAAUAUGUACCUUUCAUAACUAACUGUAAAUAUCAAUAUUAUUUACAAAAUAAAAGUUGAGAUGAUCUGAAUUAGAAUACCAAUUGGCAGCUGAAAGUUCGCAUAGUUAGGAAAAAAUCUUAAAGCGAAGGUUACACAAAUAAACGAAAGCAAAAAAUCAACUAACACUUCAGAGUACAGUUGGUGCCAAAGUGCGGUCGAAAGUGCGAGCUUUUGCGUAAUUCAGUAAAAGGAACGCCGAAGUGUGCGAAAUUCAGCACUACGAUUUAACAGUGUUCGCGUUUCGAUGCUGACUCCAACUAGGAAACUAAAUGAAAAGACUAAAUAACUAACACUUUAACUAUAAACUUUAUUUAUUAAGAAUUGAGGAAAUUUAUUUAUUAUUUUGUAAAACAAAAACUGUAACUUCAAAAUUUUACUUAACUCCUAAUUCCUAUACUUUUAGCGUGUGGUAUUUAGGUUUAAUUUUACCCCAAUUGAAGUAGUGAACUUUUUUUAAAUUAAUUUAAAAUAUCUUUACAGUAAAACGUCGGUUUUGAUUAAGUGUGUUAUUCUAAAUUAUUUGAUUUAAGUUACUCUUAAUUUAUUUACGCUAAAAUCUAAAACUGCUGAUGACAUCUUUCCUGGCGCAAGCGUGUUUACUAUAAUAUUUUCGAUAUCGAUAUCGCUAUAUUUUAAUUUUCCACUAUACAUAUCUCAUUAGUUGGUUAAAAAGUUGUGCGUUCAUGUACUUGAGUUGUUUAGAAAACACUUGCAUAUAUACAGCUAUGCGCAUACUCAACUACGAGUAUGUGUAUAACUUAUGUAUGUAAAUAGUAAUUAUAUAGGAAACACUAUAGUUAUAUAUAUAUGUUUAUAUGUACGUAUGUAUAGCUGUUUGUUAAUUUAGUUGAUUUGCCUUUGAAAUGUUAUGUAAUCAAAACAAAUAAUGAAACUUGAAUUGUUUGUGAGCUCUUUAGUUAGUAAGUACUACAAAACAAAAAAUAAGAAAAGAAAAAAUACCAAAGAAUUGUGAAGAAAUUCUAACGACAUUUUUUUCAUCAUGCAAGCUUUUAUAUAUAUCAUAUGCGCAUAUAUAUAUGUUUUGCAGAAAAAUCAAAAUCUUGUUUGACAAUUUUUAUGUUGUCUCGAUGUCUACAAUAAACAAUUAUUUCCUAGGACAAUAUUAGCUAAUUAAAGCUGUGAAAGAUAACUAAAUAACUGUUUUGUUCUUCUUGCAAAAGUAUCAGAUUUUCCCUUUUUUGUUUUGAGAAUUUCUGUAAAAAGGUUUAUUUGUACAGUUACAGCUGUUGAACACAUGUGAUUCUCAGUUUAACUUAAUUGCUACUAAAAAUAUGAAGAGAAAGAAUGGGUCAACACUGUGACUCCAGCAUAUUGGUCUUAAGUACUGUUUAUACAUUAGUUUCCAUAUCUCUCUAGAUUUAGUAUCGUUUCACUUUUGGUGUAUUCAAAACCUAUUAAAGCUUUUAUCAACAUAUUUAUGUAAAAAUAUUGUGUAUUAUACAUAUAUAUUUAAUGUUAUUUAAUUGUAUUGAAAGUUAAACUAAAUUAGUUUAAUAAAGCGGGAAAAGAUUCGUAAAUAAACUGACGGAUUAUUUGUAGUAUGAAUACGUAAAUAACUAAAGAAACUUGUAAAAUAUUUGAAUGAAUUUGAAUAAAGUACUAUAAGAUUAUAUUAA